GAUAUACCGAACUGGAUGCCGAAGCCGAAAAUGAGAUCUUUAAUCAGAAGAAUAUGCACAAUAAUGGUUUUAUAAUUAAGCCUCCGUUACAUAUGAUCGACAAAGAACUGGUAAACCACGGAAAUCACUUGUCCCCCGCCAGAAUCGGGACGCCAAGCGGACGUCGACCUGGUCGCCCAAG